CGUGCGUAGCGCCACCUACCGGUAAAAUGUCUACCGGGACUUAAUCUGUCGACCUUGCCUAAUAUCGUCACGAUGACCGGGUUAUGAGGUAUGUACCUCACCUGUGAAAAGAAUAUAUGGUGACUUGCAACUAGUCCACAGAGGACCAAGGUCGACUCCGCCCACCUUACAGGAGACCUACUGUUGGAUGUACUUCAUGUGGAGCCUCUCUCAGACAGCAUAGGCAACUUCCUGUAGACGUAGGCCCUGUGUUGGCCUAUGGAGAGAAGGUGUGGCUUGUCACCUGCAGACUCUGAUUACUGUCCUUGGCUUCUGUGAUGGGGCAGGACUCACUGUGUGGGCGUUACCUCUAGCUGUGUUCUCCUAUACUUGUGAUAUCUGACUGACGCUGCCAGGAUGACUGACCAUAGCGAGCUGGUUAAUGAGAUGGCGUCCGUGGAAAGGAUGUCGACUCAGGAUCGGCUAAAACAUGCGCGGAAACGGCGCACACAGCAGCUGAAAAAAUUUAGCCAGUAUGAGAAACACUUGGAUAAAGACUCAAAGAAGAAGAAAUCUACAUCUCAACAGAAUUCUAUUCAGAGACAGAAAAAAAAGAAAAAUAUCCGAGUCAAAUUCAUAAGUAGCAUAGCAUUGUUGGAGUCUGCGGCAAGAAAUGACAUUGAAGAAGUUCGGAAUCUUUUACAAACCAAGACUGACCCUAAUGUUACAAAUGAAGAUGGACUGACAGCAUUACACCAGUGUUGUAUUGAUGACAACACAGAGCUACUGCAGCUGUUGCUAGACCAUGGAGCUAAUGUUAACGCCAAGGACAGCGAGUUGUGGACGCCGCUGCAUGCUGCUGCCACCUGUGGACAUGUGCAUUUAUGUAAACAGCUGAUAGACAGGGGUGCUGAGUUGUUGGCUGUCAAUGCUGAUGGCAACAUGCCAUACGACAUCUGUGAAGAUGAGGAAACGUUAGACUAUAUAGAGACUCAGAUGUCUAUGCGAGGCAUCACGCAGGAGCAGAUAGAUGAGACACGACUGGCCACAGAGAAGAGGAUGUUAGAGGACCUCAAGGCUGCGGGCAAUGAACGCCGAGCCCUGGAACACCGGCUUGAUGAUGGAGUGACGCCUCUGCACAUAGCCGCAGCCAAUGGCUACAUAGAAGUGGCCGACUAUCUCCUGACCAAUCAUGUCGCUAUCAACAUGCGUGAUGAUGACUCAUGGCAACCUAUACAUGCAGCAGCCUACUGGGGACAGCCAGAGAUUUUGGAACUCCUUGUCCAGAAUGGAGCUGAUCUUGAUGCCAAAACACGAAAUGGAGAGACUGCUUUUGAUUUAUGUGAGGAUCCCGAGCUCAAACAGAAGAUCCUUGACAUGAAGGAUGAGAUUGAGACAACGCGGAACAAUCGGUUGCCCCAGAGAAAACACCGUAUUAGUACCAGAAGCUUGACUCAUUCCCCAGGGAUGCUGUAUAGCUCCAAUUCCUCACUGAGUGAGAAAACUCCCAGUAGUCACAGGGACAGAAGCAAGGCUUGCUCAUCUCGCAUCAAUGACAUGAGUGACGUACGUGCCUCCAUCCGUCGCAGCAGUCUCCGCGGUGAGAAGAGUGUGUUGUUCAAGAAGGAGGCUAAAGAGGAAGCCCUACACUUUGGUCUGCUCCCAAUGGAGGACAACGAUGAUGUGGAUGAUGAUGACAAGGAGACAUCCCCCAUCACCGACAUCGAUGAUGUUAAGGUGACCAUAUCAGAUGAUCAAGAACAGGAUUCACGAGAUGGACCUCCAAGCCGCCCAACCAGCACAUCAGUCUCAUCUCGACCUACAAACUCUCAACCCACAGUGCAGAAGGAGGACUUCAAACGACCCCCUGCACAGGCUGCACCAACUUCCAAACCAGAAAUGGCCAAAUCUCAGCAGCCACGUCCACCUUCUGAAAGCCGCCCAUCAGCAGAAAAUCGCCCAACGAGUGAAAAUAGGUCUGUCCCUCAAGGUGACAAGGUCGUUCCUGGUGGUUCAGCAGAGCCAGGAGCUAGUGCCAGGGUUCCCCCAGCACAGCAACGGCAACCUGGAGCCCAACAACCUGGGUCACAGUUUGGUACCCUGGCAGAUCUCAAAAAGAUUCGUACUGAGAAGCGUGUAGUAGAUCCUCCAGCAAGACCAAAAACACUUGAUGAUCAUCUUCAGGACAUGUUUUUAACCAGCUUACAAAAGGACCCUGUUAUGCAAAGUACCAGUGUUCCGAAACCAUCAGCGAAAGACAAAACACAAAAUGGGCAUAAUAACAACAACCGAACAUCAAUGUCAUCAUCCAACCGCAAUACCUAUCCUCAUGAUGACGGUCGACUGAAGUCAUUCAAGACUCAUGCAGUGAUUGGUGGGGAUGAUGAUAAGGACACAAAAUGCUGUGUAAUAUCAUAGUAACUGGCCCAGCAGGAUAUGCUUGACACUGAUACAGUGUUGCAUGUUAACUGAUCGAAGUAGUGAUAUGUCCUUAAGCAGAAAGAUAGAUUCUCUUUGAGAAAUAUUAAUGCCAUGUCAUCCUGGAGAAAUUGUUUGUGUUACCAUGGUUACAAGCCAUAAGAGACAGAUGAGAUUCUCUUUGAGAGAUAUUAAUGGCAUGUCAUCCUGGAGAAGUUAUUCAUGUUACCAUGGUUACAAGCCACAUGAGACAGAUGCUUGUUGUGUCCUGAACCAGGAGAACGGUUUCCAGUACAGCGUACAAAUGGCGUCACACUGAUGGAGAAUCAAUGUGAAUAUUUUAUUUGCAGAAUUUUUUGUGUUAUUCAAGAAAUAGUCACAGAUUACCAUUACAUUUUGUCAUCAGAUGAAAUCUGGUGAUUAGGCCUUCACUACAUUGUCUACAGUAUCAUGCUUGAACUAUUUAAGUUGCGCCAUGUCAUUGAAGUUUUAGUUGUUGAAUGCAUAUAUCCUUUCUUGUGGAACAGUUGUGGCUUAUCAUCAAGUCUGUGUUGACCAUAGCACUGUCACAUGCCACUGCCUUAAUAAGCGUUAUUUAUCUUAUGUAGACAUCUUACUUCUAGCCUGGGCAUGUCUGUAUAACUCGACUCAUAGUUUGCAAAUAUUAGCUUUAUUUAUUAGAUUGAGCUGUAGUACAUCCAUUGUCGAUUGCCCCUUCUGCCUGGGAUCUUAGGCUGACUCAAAUAAUGUGCCCCUGCUGAAGACCUAGGGUCCGUUCAACAAAGCUAUCGUAGUGCUAAGGUUAUCGUAGCUCCCAUACUUUAACAUAGACAUACGACUGUCGUUGCGUUACGAUCGCCUAGUGGAAGGGACCCAGCCUGCUCUCGUAUGUACAAUCCAUCAACUGUUUGAGCUUUUAUCUCCAGGGGCUGUCAACGACCUCAUGCAAUAGAACAUGAUUUGAGAUGUUUUCUAUGGCAAGCAUUGUUUGCCGAUAUGAGUGCAAGUCGGAUAGCUAUGCAAUAGGAGACAUUCCACUCCAGCCAUCCCCUUCCAAACACCACCUUGUGGUUGAUAUUGUGUCCUUCCCUCAGACAUUCCAAAAUUAGGCAGCACUUCUCUUUUGGGUUUUUUGGAUUUGACCAAAAGCAACAAUCAGAAAAUGAUAGGAAAUAAUUUAGAUGCAUUUUUUGACAAUGAUAAAUUACUAAAUUCAAACAUUACUGCAAAUAUUUUAUUUAUAAUAGUUGCUUAAAUAUAUUGUAUAUAGUUUCUGCCAAUUGCAAACACUUUUAUCAAGAGAACAAUGCCAUCUCUCACAGUGAUACUACAUAUACAUGUUACUAUACAAUGCAGUAAACACCUUGCACUUUAAGCAGAUUUAGCAAUUAUUGUUACUGACUAAACUGAUGAAGACAGUGAACUUAAUGCUCACAAAAAUAUUGAGAUACACCAGUAUAUUUUAUUUAUAUUUAAACCUAAGAAAGGUUAAAAAACAACCUGAAAACCAUGAAAGCAAGAAGUGUUGCCUUAGGUCCUCUACAUGUGAAAGUUUCCUGCAAUCCUGUAUGUGUUAAAGUGUUUCUUGUAAUUGUAUAUAUGCGUGAAAGCAGUUCUUGAGGCCUUUAAGGUUUGAAUGUUCAACCUGUUCAAAGCCCUGUGAUGUGAAUGUGUUUCCUUGAGAGACUAGCACUAUAGUGUUAGUGGGAUUGUUCAACCUGUUUAAGCCCCUGUGGUAUGAAUGUGUUCCUAAAACUUUUAGUGAGCAUGUGAUUGUUCAUGACAUUUUAAUAUGAUUGUGAUCCUUCAAGACUGAUAUAUAUUAAUAUAAUCCUUUAUGCCCAUUUGUGUGAAUGUGAUCUUUCAAGUUCUUUUAGUAUGAAUGUAAUCCCUCUGCCCUUUUUUUUGUGAAAGUGUUAAAGACCCAGCGAGUGACUGUGUUUCGUGAGACUCGAGUAAUGUGAAGGUGUUCCCAGUGUGUGAAAUGGUCUCAAAUUAUUGCUGGCCAGGUGCGCCAGCUAGCCUUAAAAGUUACUAGUCAGUUUCAAAUUUCACAAGCUUAAAUAAGUGACAGCUUAUUUACUCUGAAAUUUGAUUCUGCAAAAGUAUCAAUGAAGUUAACCAAAUUGCAAAUCUGAGUCGACUAUUUUGAAGGGGGGUAACUCUGAGCUCGUAACCUCGCAAAAUCAAUUCAUUACGAUUGAUGGUUAUACUGAUAUACAGACAGGGGAUAACUGUGCUUAACAAAAUCUCCAUUAAAAUUUCAGUAGCCAGUCGAGAAUGUUUACCCUGACGGAUAUUUUGCUAGCCAUGGGCUAGCAGGCAGGCAGCUAUUUCGCACACUGGGCGUUCCUCAAAGCCUUCAAGUAUGGCUAUAUUUCCUGGUGUGAAAGCGUUCCCAGCGAUCCUGUGUAUGUAAAUGUGUCUUCUUCAGCAGUUUGUCACAAGGUUGUUAUUUUUUAUAGAAUUCUGUACAUAGAAGUAUCUGCCUGUUAUACCAUUCAGUGUGAAGCAACCCUGCGUUUUGUUAAAUGGCACAUUACUUGACGAAGGGUGCUAGGUGCAAACAUUACAUUAACAAGGUUCAUGGAAAAAUAGGCAUUUCUAUGUUGUUAUUGGUUGUUUUUUUAAACUUUGUAUAUAAACUAAACGGUAUUGUUCUGUGAACUUUCCAGUACAUUCCAGGUUGUAUAUAGCCAUGUCAAAUGAAGCACCGUCGGAACAUAUUGCCACCAAGUGAUCACUUGCACGAUGACAUACCAUUGAGUUAGCUCUUUCGCUUCGCCUUACCAUUGAAUAAGGUCUUCAUUGUCACAUACCAUUGAGCAAACAGAGGCAAUGACAUCAGGGUUAAGUUUAGCUAUUCUUUCAAUCCAUCACUUGCACCUACAGAACUUGAGGUCUGAAUCACAGAAUACCCCAAUUUCUCGGCCAAGAGAUGGUGGGGAAUCCUCGUGGUUAAGCGUCAGGCCGAAGGCCCUUGUUUGAUUACAGUCAUAGGUACAAUGUGUGAAGCCCAUUUCUGGCAUCCCCUGCCAUGAUAUUGCUGGAAUGUUGCUAAAAGCAGCGUAACACCAUACUCGCUCACUCACUCACUCAUUCUCUCUGACGAGCUCCUUGUGGCUCACCCUGGUGGUGUAAACGCUUAACCUCUCUAUGUUAAACGUGUGUUUAAGGGUGAACAUUUAAUCCACUAAUACUUUAAUAUCCUUUGUAUAACUGAUAAACUCCCAGCCACUCAAACAAGCACAUUCUUUGUAAUAAGGAAAUAAUCAGUUUUAUCUUCUGUUUAUGGCUAUACACUUCAUCUACCAAUAGUUUUAUCAGUGUUGGUGCUAUUUGGACUCCUGAUAAAGCCAGUAACACGAAUAGUUAUUUGGGAAUUCAGGAUUUUAUUAAUCCAUUGAUGCACUGAACUUUUCAUAUCCUAUUCUCAGUGUAUGAAAGCUUUUCAUUAGUUUUUAGUGUUUUAUGAAAUUUUAAACCUUUUUUAUAUUACAAAACAGAAUUUGGUGCCCAUGUGUAUUUGUGACAAGGAAAUAUAUAUGCAGUGAGAGCUACAACAGUUGGGUGGUCACAAGUGCUGGUGUAUCUGACAGAGUAGUACAUGCAGUGAGAGCAUACCUGUAGGUGUAACAUGUAGUCUAGGAGAUAGAAAACUUAUUUAGAAGUUGUUGGAUGAUUGAACCCUGGAAACAUUGAGGUAUAGACAACAAAAAACAGGCAGAUCCAGGACUUUUUAAAGGGUGGGGAGUCAAGAUUGGCACGUCAUUUUGAUGAAGUCACAUGACUUUCAAUAAUACAGAGGUAUAUUUGUUGGGUGGGGGGUGGGAUUUGUCAUUUUUGAAAGCAAGGGGGUUGGACCACAUGAAGUCACCCUCUCCACCAGCCUCUCCCCCUACGCCCCAUAGAUCAGGCACUGAAAAGCCUUGUGUCACUCACACCUCAGUAAUCGCCCUCCUGAGAGUAGUCCUCACUGAAAUAUAGGUCUUCACAUGCUUUAGUAUAGUAUAUUUUAGAAGUAUCUGAAAUCAAAUGCAUUGAUAUUAAUAUUGUUACUCCCAUAUGAUUCAGUCAGAACCUUCUGCCCCCCAAUGUUCAUAUUGCAAAUAACAUAUCUUGCCUGCAUUAGGACUAUUCAAAAUCUGACCUUGCUGUCAUCAGUCCAGACUAAACUAGGUGUGUUCCUGGUGACCCUCAUCUGGAGCCUUCGACCCUAAACCGUUUUUCGUGUUCUUUUGAAGUGGCACCAAAGCUAUUAAAACAAUCCUGGUAUUGUCCAUAUUUUAUGUCACAAGAGUUAAUUUGCUGCUCAUCUCUUUAGUCAAACCAGUCAUUAUUUUCAUUUUAAAACAGGAUUUUACUGACACACUGCAAAUUACUGUUUUCAAAGGAAAACACCCACAAAAACGGACUUACAUUGGCUAUUUUGGGAUGGUCUGAAAUAGGAAAGACAUGUUGUUUAGGUCAUCUCGCCUUGCUGGAUUUAGUAUGUAUAGGCAAGGCCAUGAUACGUGAAUGCUAUGGGGUUACCAUGAUCACUAUGGCAUUGGUUGAUCUGUCUGGAGUGGUGCCCCUUUGAUACUGAUCUGAGGGAGAAUGAGUUGUAAGGAAAACAUGAGCAUACAUAUGACAUUGUUUGAAUCCCAUGUUAAUUUGAUAGUUCUACAUCUUCAUUAGUCAUUUUUGUAGCAUGCCUUUUAAGUUUUAAAAUAUGAAUUUAACUUCCAAGUAAAGUAUAGAGAAACUAAUGAAUUGAAUUGAAUUUGUAUGUAUAUAUGGCACAUAUGAAAACAUGAUGUGACCAUCACAUAUUCUGUCAACUUACCUGAAUGACAUAUGGAGAAGGAGGUAUAUAGUAGGUGGCAAUUCUGCAUUGCCAGGAACUGAAAUGUUAUAGCUAGGUUUUGUAAUUGGUGCAUUGGCUGACAGUGUCCAUGCUUAAGACACAUUCAGACAUUCUAAAACCAAUGCAGAGCAUUAGUCAGGAAUCAAAUGAAGACUUGUGAGAUUGAUGUAUGUGUUAGGGCUAAUCAAAUAGGUAUGGCAAAAAUUGGAAGACAUAUAUUCCAAAGUGAACUAAGCAUUGAGCACUUUGUCUAUACAAAAUGAAGUCGGGACUGAGCACAUUUUCUGUACUGUGUACCGUGUAUACAUUGUCAUGCUUUGACAUCAGACAUCAAGUAAUUUUCCAGAAAUAUCGAAGAAACUACACACCAUUUUAAAAUAUUCAUAUUGAACAUGGAGCACAAUGAAUGUCAAGUAGAUAAAUAUCAGACCAGAUUGCAUCUUCCUGAGGCAAGGGACUAUAAAAACCCAGUUUCCAUGCUUAUCAAACAAGGCAGGAAUUAUGGAGUUAUGUUUUGGCACAGACACAUGCAGAUUUAUCCUUGAGGGCAUUUUGAUCACUGGAGACACCAUUGUGAUAUUUUUUGUAGCUUUUCUGCUUGACAUUUGAGGAAGAUUGAAGGCCUGCACUUAGCAGUGCCAAGUUAGUUUUGCUUGAUAUGUUAAAGAAAUGUCCAUUUUAGCCAUGCCCAUUUAGAGUAGCCACGUACAUAGUGAAGUAAGUGCUUAUCACUUAGUACCUUAUCUCCCUUUAUUUGCUGAUGGCACAGGGAAGGCGUCAGUGAAUUACCUCCCUUUGUUGGCCAAUGAUAGUGAGCUAUAGACGAUUACAUCCUUUGUUGGCUGACAUUGCUGGAGUUGUAGGGGUAGAUUACAUCGUUUGGUUGGAUGACAGGUCAGCAGAUUACCUCACUUUGUUGGUCAAUGGUAGUGAGCUAUAGACGAUUAAAUCCUUUGUUGGCUGACAUUGCUGGAGUUUUAUGAGUAGAUAACAUCAUUUGGUUGGCUGACAGGUCAGCAGAUUACCUCCCUUUGUCGGUCAAUGGUAGUGAGCUAUAUUCAUAUAUAAUAUAGACGAUUACAUCCUUUGUUGGCCGACAUUGCUGGAGUUUUACGAGUAGAUUACAUCGUUUGGUUGGCUGACAGGUCAGUGGAUUACCUCCCUUUGUUGGUCAAUGGUAGUGAGCUAUAUUAAUAUAUAAUAUAGACGAUUACAUCCUUUGUUGGCUGACAUUGCUCCCUUUGUUGGCAGAACCAGAAAGAUGUGGCAGUCUGGUUUAGAUCUGGUAGAAAAUGAGAUGUCAUAAUAGUAGGGAGGAUGCAAAAUGCUGACUUAGGGUCACAUUAGGCAGUAAGAAAUGUAAAUGGUAAGUUGACUGUACAUAGCCCCUGUUGUCAGUGAUGCUUCCUUGAUAUUGGUAAGGUGUGCUCAUGCAUGUACCUUUGCUCAUUACUGCAGGCUGCUCCACUCCCAGAACAUGGCUCACGCUUAUUCACUUUCUGAGGAAUUGUUUAUACAUGUAAUGUUAUUCAAAAGGUAUAUUUUUAAUAUGUGAGUAAUCAGAGACCUGUUACAAGAGCUGAUGUCCUGAAGUGUGUGCCCCUGUUGACAGAGUCUUUGACACAAUGGACAUUAGCUGGACAGAUGCCCUCUGUUGAUUGGUGUGAAACGAAACAAUGACAAGAAAUAAAUAUUGCUUUUCACAUU